AACCAGCUAAAUCUGGAAAUAAAACCUGUCAAAAAGUGUCAACUGGUCAAGUUGGGGAAAUUAAAGCUGUUCUGGCUUAUUAUUUGUAAGUCAUACAAUGAGACGGGGAGUUCUGUAUAGCCUGCUGUCAAAGAAAAUAGAACACUAUGUUAUUUGGAUUUUAUAUGGUAAAUUAUUCCAUACUGGGACCUCAAUAUUGUUCCAUAGUCGGUCUAUUAUUUAGUUAAUUGAAAGAAAGAGGUGUAAUAAUGCCUAUACAGAUCCCGCAGUGGACAGAAUUUUUGUCCUGCCAAGUUUGUUUCCAUGUUUUUGAUGAAGGACACCAUAGACCAAUAAGUUUAGCAUGUGGUCAUACAGUAUGUAGAACAUGCUUGUGCAAUUUGCCUCAGAAGCGAUGUCCCUUUGACCAGAACACGAUAGCAAAGGAUAUCAGUGAGCUGCCUGUUAAUUACGCCUUAUUGCAGUUGGUUGGUGCAGCUGUACCAGAUACUGACACACUACCAUCAGAGGGGAUAUCAGAUCACGUCAAACAUUAUAAUGCAUCUAAACGUUGUAUAGAAGAGCUAGCCCUUCAUUUGAAACCUGUCAGUGCAGCUGACCAAAAGUUGAACACUACAUGUCCUUCUAGUAAUGGUGAACCAAACAAUGGCAUUUUAAGUCGACCAAUGCAACGCAAGCUGGUAACGCUAGUAAACUGCCAACUGGUUGAAGAUGAAGGGAGAGCUCGAGCAAUACGAGCAGCUCGUUCUCUGGGAGAAAGAACAGUGACAGAACUGAUUCUACAGCAUCAGAAUCCUCAACAACUGUCAGCUAAUCUAUGGGCAGCAGUACGAGCUAGGGGAUGUCAGUUUCUUGGUCCAGCUAUGCAAGAAGAAGUCUUAAAGUUGAUACUUUUAGCCUUAGAAGAUGGAUCUGCUCUAUCUAGAAAAGUCCUUGUUCUGUUUGUUGUUCAGAGGUUGGAGAAACACUAUCCCCAGGCUUCCAAAACAGCUAUUGGUCAUGUAGUCCAACUCUUGUAUAGAGCCUCAUGUUUUAAGGUGUCAAAAAGAGAUGAAGAAUCAUCAUUAAUGCAGUUGAAGGAAGAAUUUAGAUCUUAUGAAGCUUUAAGGAGAGAACAUGACUCACAAAUAGUACAAAUAGCCAUGGAAGCAGGAUUGCGCAUUGCUCCUGACCAGUGGUCGUCGUUGUUAUAUGGUGAUACCAGUCAUAAAUCACACAUGCAGUCCAUUAUCGACAAGUUACAGACGCCACAGUCAUUUUCUCAGAGUGUCAACGAACUGAUAAUAACGUUACAAAGAACUGGUGAUCCAUGCGGUUUACAAAGAUUACAUCCACAUUUAGAGUUCCUGGCCAGUGUUGAUCCCAAUCCUGAUGCACCCUCACCGUCAUGGGAGAAUCUGGAAGCUGUUAUGAAAGCCAUCAAGACUGUUGUUCAAGGACUUAUAGAUUUCAUACAAAGUAAUGGUUCUAAACAUUUGGAGAUCUUAACUUUACCCAAUCUCAGAUAUAAGACGAGUAUGUGUCGUGAUUUGGUACAGAGGGGAACAUGUCCAAGAGGUGGAAAUUGCACUUUUGCUCAUUCACAAGACGAGCUUGAAAAAUAUAGAGCCAGAAAUAAAAGAUUAGGAAAAGGACAAUUUUUACCAACAACAACAUCAGCUUUAACACCUAAAGAAAAGUUAGCAUUGGAAAGUGUUACAAAAACUACAGCUGAGAAGCUAUUGGCAGCUGAAAUAUCAAAGUCUGGAAGCAGUAUUGACACGAUUUCAACUGAUAAACAAGGUACAAUUACAUCCCCUUCUGGACUUCCACAGAAACUAGCAGUAACACAUGAACCAUCAUGUUUGCCAGGAGCCAUGACCAAUAUGACUAUUUCUACAAGUCAAGCGUCAAUGGUGCCUACAUCCAUGACACCACAUAUACAGACUAUGACUGGAUCAAUGGGACCUCAUGUUUCAUCAUUUACACAGAACCGUAGUCAAGGCUGUUAUCCUCCUGAGUAUUACCAAACUUGUCAGAGCACAGUUCCUAUGAUGGCAAUGCCAAGAAUGAUGUCUUAUGGUCCAACAUGUUAUCAGCAUCAAACAAUGCCUCCAGGCUAUCGCCCACCAGUUUAUGGAAUGAUGCCACCUCAACAGUGUCCAUACCAAACAGGUAUGGAGUACAACAUGGCUAGCCGAUGUCCACCACAACAACAACCACCACCUCCAUAUCCUGGAUCUUGUAUAUCCUAUGACAUGUGUCAGCAAGCUCACAGUAACCUGAACCCCUAUGCUGAACCUUUUAUGAUUGGUCCACAUCCAUCUGGUCAGCAGUUCUGUUGUCACUCCGAUGAUCACAGAUGUUUAGUUCCUCCUCACGGGCAGGCUCAGAUUCUGACAAACUUGCAUCAAAGAAGAACUGAAAUCUUGACAAGGCUUCACAAAUGUAAUUCUACUACUAGCAAGAAAAGUUGGUCAGGGGCAGAGACAACUUUUGCAGAAUGGGGCUCAGAGAAAUCAAUCGGUAGAAUGACAGGAUCGUCUCAGUCCAUUCCUGAUGCAGCUUCAGCUACAAAGAUACCAUCAGUGGCAUCAAGAGAAACCCAUUCAGGUUGGGAUAGUGAUUACCAGAAUUGGUCUAUGGGUGAUAAUACAUCCUCAUCGUGGACUAAAAGUAAAGAUACUCGUGUUGGAUCCUCUGACAUUGUGGCUGACUGUCCAGAUGUUUGGAAUGAGAAAAUUGUGCUAGCUGUAAACCAAGGAAAUGAACAAGAUACUGGUUCCGAUACCACAGAUUUCAUGUUGAACUGGUUAAAGGAUAUACCAGAUGACCCAAUGCCAGUGGAGCAAGUUCCUAUUCCCAUGCAGAAAAUCAGUAAAACAAAGAGAACUGUAUUCCAGUCUUCUGAGAGAAAAUCUGUAUACGCUCCAGCUACAAGUUACCACCAGGAUUACCAAACGAUGGCAGAAAAAAAUGUCAAGGGAGAUAUUAAUGAGGAUGAGGAUGAUAUAGAGAUAGAUUACAGGAGGUUAUCAAUUGCAUCGGAUGGAGAUGACAUCAUUAUACCAUUUGACUCAAAACCUAUCGUUUCAAAGUUUGGGCCAAUCAGUAGGGUCAAACCCAAGCUACAGAAGUCGACUGAUCCUGUUCAAGCUACUGCUGACGAGAACAUGGUGACAUCAGUGACAUCAUCAUUAAACAGGAAGCCUCAGGUCUACCCUACAAAUCGUGUAGCCAGCAGAACAGUAAACCAACCAAUCAGUGCUGUAUUAGAUGAAGAUAAUGCUUCAGCUUGUACAGGAUACUCCAGAAUAGUCAACUAUCCUCCAAAUGUAAAGUCUUGUGUGAAAAAAGAGAUUGCCCGUUUAGAGGAGAAAGCCCUUAAUGCCAAUACAGAAGAUGAAUGGUUGGCUUGUGAACUACAAGCUGUUGAGCUUCAAAUAUCAUUGACAAAUAAAUCAACUGCUAACUUAACAAGUGAAGAUUUAACUGGGACUAAACACUGGGCCAAGUAUGGAUAUGACAGUCCACAAGCUGGAUAUACGGAAUGGACUGAUUUGGACAAAGCAUUGCAGGCACAGAAAAUAGAGACAGAAUGUUUAAAGAAUCGGAAAAAUCAAGAAAAAGAGGAUAGACUUCUGGCCCAAAAACUUGUGCUUGAAGAACUGAAUGCCUCAGGGCCAUCAUCAUAAUCAUUUUUGUUACAUUGAGUACAUUAUAUGACAAUGAAAAAAUCAUCAUAGUGGAAGGAUUUGAUUUGUUUUAUAAAUUAGAUUCUGAAUUUUCAAAGUUGACUAUUUGCAUUCUGAAAAGGAAUUUUAUUGUUUUCAUUAUCUGUUUUUAGCUCACCUGACCUGAAAGGUCAAGUGAGCUUUUCUCAUCACUUUGCGUCCGUCGUCCGUCGUCCGUCGUCCGUAAACUUUUACAAAAAUCUUCUCCUCUGAAACUACUGGGCCAAAUUUGACCAAACUUGGCCACAAUCAUUAUUGGGGUAUCUAGUUUAAAAAAUGUGUCCGGUGACCCGGCCAACCAACCAAGAUAGCCGCCAUGGCUAAAAAUAGAACAUAGGGGUAAAAUGUAGAAUUUGGCUUAUAUCUCUGAAACCAAAGCAUUUAGAGUUAAUCUGACACAGGGUAAAACUGAUUAUCAGGUCAAGAUCUAUCUGCCCUGAAAUUUUCAGAUGAAUCGGACAACCCGUUGUUGGGUUGCUGCCCCUGAAUUGGUAAUUUUAUGGAAAUUUUGCCGUUUUUGGUUAUUAUCUUGAAUAUUAUUAUAGAUAGAGAUAAACUGUAAACAGCAAUAAUGUUCAGCAAAGUAAGAUCUACAAAUAAGUCAACUUGACCAAAAUGGUCAGUUGACCCCUUAAGGAGUUAUUGCCCUUUAUAGUCAGUUUUUAACCAUUUUUCGUAAAUUUUUGUAAUCCUUUACAAAAAUCUUCUCCUCUGAAACUACUAAGACAAAUUUAACCAAACUUGUCCCCAAUCGUCAUUAGGGUAUCUAGUUUAAAAAAUGUGUCCGAUGACCCCGCCAGCGAACCAAGAUGGCCGACAUGGCUAAAAAAUAAUACAUAGGGUAAAAUGCAGUUUUUGGCUCAUAUCUCUGAAACCAAAGCAUUUAGAGCAAAUCUGAUGAGGAUAAAAUUGUUCAUUAGGUCAAGAUCUAUUUGCCUUGAAAUUUUCAGACCAAUCAGGCAACACGUUGUUGGGUUGCUGCCCCUGAAUUGGUAAUUUUAAGAAAAUUUUGCCGUUUUUGGUUAUUAUCUUGAAUAUUAUUAUAGAUAGAGAUAAACUGUAAACAGCAAUAAUGUACAGCAAAGUUAGAUCUACAAAUAAGUCAACAUGACCAAAAUUGUCAAUUGACCCCUUAAGGAGUUAUUGCCCUUUAUAGUCAAUUUUUUACAAUUUUCAUAAAUUUUGUAAAUUUUUGUAAAUGUUUACAAUAUAUUUUCCACUGUAACUACCGGGCCAAGUUCAUUAUAGAUAGAGAUAAUAGUAAGGAGAAAGAAUGUUCAGUAAAGUAAGAUCUACAAACACAUCACCAUCACCAAAACACAAUUUUGUCAUGAAUCCAUCUGUGUCCUUUGUUUAAUAUGCACUUAGACCAAGGUGAGCGACACAGGCUCUUUAGAGCCUCUAGUUUAUAUCUAUCAUUGCUUGAAAGGCAUACUUAGCAUAUCUUGCCCCAAAAGCCUGUGUGUGUUAUUGAAACGACUUCAAAUUUGAUGUUGGGCUUAUAAAAGAAAGGUGCAAAAUUGAGAAAAAAAUGGUGAAGAAUACGAAAUGGCAAAAUUGACACUGUUCUUGAUCAUUUGACAUUGAAACAAAAAUGCACAUUGCAUUGAAUUUAUCUGUUGGUUUUUUUUUUUAUAUAUUUUUGUGACUUUUUUUUAAUUAUGAUUAUAAGAAAUUCUUGUUAUAUAAUAUAUAUGGUGAUAGAAAAGUUUUGAAUAUGUAUUAUUUGUAUUAGUAUGUACCUUCAUUGAUGUAAAUUAAGACAUUCAUGUACAAGUGUUAGUAUUAGAUUUUGUUUCAAAUGUUUUUUUCAUUUUGACAUCUCUCUAUGAGUAGGUAUAUAUUUUAUUGUUCAAAAUUAGUUUUUUUUAGAAAGACCUCUAUUUGUUUGAGUGCUCUUCCUAUUUUAAAGAAAACAUCUGCCUGUUCAAGGCUUAAAGAUGUUUUCCAUAAAUUUCUCUGGAAAUUUUUUUAAAAAAAUGGGCUAUGACUUUAAGUAUCCAUUUAAAUGAUCAUUUAUAAUAUUUAAUGAAAUGAUUGAUUAUUAUCGUAUUUUUUUCAAAAUGAAUAAAGAAUAUCACCAUAGCUGUUUUAUACUAUGGUAUUGAACAGUUAAAUAAUAGCAUUUUGUUGUUAUAUCAUUUGAUGGUGUUACAAAUCACAUAUGUUUUGUUAAAUUUAAUAAUCAGUCUCAAAUUUGAACUGUAAAGAAAUAUUCAAAAAGUGAAGCUUUUAUGAUACCUGCAAGUCAUAUUCAUUUUUGUUGUUUCAUUGAAAAGUGUUAUAUGCAGUAAAAUUAUAUUCUGUAUAAAGUACUGUCUUUGUAUUUUUAAUUUUUUCACUUUUUUUUCAUGUUUUUUGCAUUUAAAUCCAAUCAAUUUGCAGUAUAUUAAAACAUAUUUAAGGUGCAACAUAUUAAAUGAAAUUUAUCAAUAUAAUAGAAAGUUAUCAAUAGCCAUUAGAAUAAUUAUUUUAUUUUUGCUUUAGUAUUUACUUCCAUUAACAUUUAUUUUUUACAAAAUUUGUGAAAAGAAACAUUCUGCCAAAAUAGGUAAGGAUACAGUUUUUUGGGUAAAGAUUGCAUGAAAUUCAUUAAAACUCUACUGUCACUGGCUUAGCUGUAUUUUCCAGGCCUCAUCUCUACCUUUACAAACAAUAUAGUGCAGUGAGGUGAACAUUCUUUAGAUCCUGUACAUGUCCAUGUCAAGCAAUUUAUUAAUGAUAUAUACUUAGAUAUUCAGGUUACAAAAUGAUGUGUAUGGGUUUAACCAUACUUGUCAAGAGAACUAAUUUAUUGAAAAUUACAAAAGUUGUGCAUGGUGUAUGAAUCUAUUUUAAAAAUAGAUUCAACUACAAUUAUGGACAAAGGCAGAUAACUCCAAUUCAAAACAUUGCCUUCCAUUAUUUUAAUGUUUAGUUCUCAGUUCACAUUACAAAAUGAAAGCAAUCUUUACUCUUUAGUGGUCACGAGCAUUUUGAUUACUAUUCUUAAGUUUCAGAGAAAGUGAUGAGUUAGUUCUACCUGUUCUUUUAGUAUGAAAAGAUAAUUAGCGUGUUUGCUAUGCAAAUGUAUCAGACAUUUUACCAUUAUAUUGUGAAAUGAUUUUCUAAGUGUUGGUAUGGAAUUGUUAAUACAUAAAGAAAAUGAAAGCACUAUUAGGGAUCUAUACUAAUGUAUGUAAAAUAGAAUUGAACUGAAACUUUUAUGUUAUAGUUCCAGCUUCUUUGAUAUCAGCCAGAUAGAUAAUCUGCAUUUUGCUGUCAAUUUGACAGAAUGACUUUCUUUUAUUUUGAUACUCUUCCUUCUUUCUCAUAUUAUAUUUUAUAAGUGCUCAGUUUGAGCAGUAUGAAAUCAACUUAGGCACUGACUAUUCAUCUAUUGUAGAGGGUUUGUAUUUUAUAUGCCCUGCCUAUGAUAGCAAGGGUGUUAUUUUUUUCUGAUCUGUGCAUCCAUGCAUCUGUACUACUGUAUCAGGUCAAAGUUUAGAUUGAGGUAGUUUACCUUGAAGUUGUGGUCAUAUCAACAUGAAACUGAGUACACAUUGUACAUAUGUUCAUAAUUUGUUGCAUAAAGGAAGUGAUAAAAAUUAGUUUGUUUCUUUUGAAAAUUAGUAAAGUAAAAAAAAAAAUACUUCCUGUAUGUUUUUGAAAAAACUUUUUUAUUAAAGUUUUUAAAAAAAUCAUCUUGCUCUAUCAAACCCAGGACCUCCUAAAAAAGAUGAAUGGACAGCAGUGUUUGAUUUCAGCAUUCAGUUACAAUAAGUAACUAAGGAAAUUUUUUUUUGCAUUUUAAAAGUUUGACUGUAUUAUCCAAUUUAUUAUGUUGGAUUUCAUAAUUGGACUCAUGUGUUGUUUUUUGUUUUAAAUAAACUUCAACAUACACUU